AUGAUCGAGGAAGCAGUCGGAAGCCAGUCGCAGACGAUAGCACAUAUGAUUGAAGACGAUUGCGUCGCUACUGAGAUCCCUCUCGCAAACGUCAAAGGAACCAUCCUCGCGAUGGUGAUCGAGUAUUGCAAGAAGCACGCUGGUGCUGAUGCUUCAACCGGCGAGGGCAAGGAGGAACUCAAGAAGUGGGACGCUGAGUUCUUGAAGACGAUGGAACAACCCACUCUCUUUGAUGUUAUUUUGGCUGCUAAUUACCUAAACAUUAAAGACCUCCUUGAUAUUUCUUGCCAAGCUGUUGCUGACAUGAUCUCUGGUAAAACCGCAGAAGAGAUUCGCGCAAUUUUGGGCCACUCCGCAAUCUUGUGCCAAUGAUUUUUCUCUACUAGUCACCCUUGUUAAUUCUGACACCAAACUCUCCA